UGUCUAGUGUUGUAGUGAUAAGAGAGCGGCGGCUAGAGAGAAUUGCGGGAAACUCCUACAUUUUUUCCAGUUCCAGUUGCCCGAAAGCAAGUCUGUAUGAAAGGCGAGGAUGGUGAAAUAGGAUGCUCGGGCGGGUAGCUGUCGCUACUCCAUUUACAGAUCUUUAGUCUAAAGGGGUGGACAACCAAGCUCCGCCUGAACGAGUCGGACGAGCUUCAGUCGAGGUGGUGAAACAUCGAUUUUUGGUCAACAAUAUAACUAAUUACUUGCUCAUAAUGGCAGCCAAGCACGCACCCCUGAGUCCGCUAGCUUCGGAAAGCGGGCCUGCCUCGCCUGCAUCUCCGCUGUCGGCCUCCAGUGCUGGUAAGAGGUCGACAUCGUCUCGAUUCGUAGUGGCUGCCAUCGACUUCGGCACCACGUACAGCGGCUAUGCGUUCUCGUUCACACGCGACCCGGACAGCAUACAUGUGAUGCGACGCUGGGAGGGCGGCGAUCCGGGCGUCAACAAUCAGAAGCUGCCCACCAGCGUCCUGAUGGACCCCAGUGGCAAGUUCCUCUCGUUUGGCUACAGCGCUCGUGAUGAUUACCAUGACCUGGAUCCGGCGGAUGCCAAGAAAUACUUGUACUUCGAGAAGUUCAAGAUGUCGCUCCAUUCAAGUGAGGAACUUCAUAAAGGUGUGGAACUGACUGCAGCCAAUGGCAAGAAAGUCCUGGCACUGCGUGUGUUUGCAUGUGCGCUGCACUUCUUCAAAGAGCAUUGCCUGCAAGAGCUGUCGGAUCAGUCGUCGACGACCAUCUUGAAUAGCGACAUAAGAUGGGUGAUUACGGUGCCGGCUAUUUGGAAGCAACCAGCAAAGCAGUUCAUGAGACAGGCAGCAUAUGAGGCUGGCCUCGCAAGUCCACAGCAGCCUGACCAAUUACUCAUCGCACUGGAGCCCGAGGCUGCAUCUAUCUAUUGCCAGAAGCUCAAGCAACGUGAGCUGGUGCAAGAAGAGGCGUCUGAAGACGUGGCCUCGCUGGCUGCUGACUUCUCCAAGGAAUCGGCCAAUCCCACUCGCUACAUCGUUGUGGAUUGUGGCGGAGGAACAGUAGAUGUCACGGUUCAUGAAAUGGAGAAAGGCGAGCGUUUGAAGGAGCUACACAAGGCAUCCGGCGGAGCAUGGGGCUCAAUUGGCGUUGACCGCGAGUUCGAGAACCUUCUCAGCUCCAUAUUUAGCGAUGAGUUUAUCGAGAAUUUCAAAAUGUCCAAACCAGCGGGAUGGGUAGACAUGAUGAUAGCAUUUGAGGCGAAGAAGAGGACUGCAAAUCCCAAGAAGACAAGUCCCCUCAAUAUCUCGCUGCCGUUCGCCUUCAUCGAGCACUAUAGCCGAAUCAAGGGUCAGUCGGUGGAGUAUGCGAUCAAGAAGUUUGCCAGCAAGGACAUCAAGUGGUCAUCGCAGGGCAUGCUCCGGCUAGCGCCAGCAGCCAUGCAGCAACUGUUUGUACCCGUGGUGACUGACAUAGUGCAGCAUGUUCAAGGACUACUGGACAAGGAGGACUGUGUAGGAGUGAAGUACCUGUUCCUUGUUGGAGGAUUUGCAGAGUCGCUGGUUCUACAGGCGGAGAUCCGGAGUGCCUUUUCAGAGCGCGUUCGUGUAAUAAUUCCGCAGGACACCUCAUUAGCAAUCCUGCGAGGCGCCGUGCUCUUUGGCCUCAACCCGACCGUGGUGAGGGUGCGCCGUUCGGCGCUGACCUACGGCGUGGGCGUGUUGAACGAAUACGACCCGGCGGUGCAUCCCUCCAACAAGCUGGUCGAGAAAGGCGGCCUGCAGUGGUGCACGGACGUGUUCGACACGUUUGUGACCGUCGAUCAGCCGGUUGCACUGGGCGACGUGGUGACACGCAGCUACACGCCCGCCAAGGCAGACCAGGUGUCCACCGUCAUCAGCAUAUUCUCCUGCGAGGGCCGCGCCGCACAGUUCACCACCGACCGCAGUGUGCGCCGCUGCGGCGAGCUGCAUCUGGAGAUGCCCGACACGACGGGAGGGCAGCAGCGUGAGCUGCAAACCAGCAUGAUGUUUGGUGACACAGAGAUCAAGGUGAUGGCCGUUGAUCUCACCAGCGGUAAGAAGGCUCAUGCCACCAUUGACUUCCUCAAUAAAUAGCCACCGUGCUUCAACCGGGCCACACAAUCGGAUCCAGAACCGGGGAAUGCCGCACUGGCAGUGGUACUUCGUAGAGACUGCACAUUAUGAGCUACACCAGACCAGCUGUGUACAAAGAAUACUCAGUAAUAGUACUAGCAGUACAUGUACGGCCAGUUUACUUGUUCUGUAUCGAAGGUGCUGCAUCACGAGUAUGCUGCCUCUCAUCACUGCUCAGAUUAGAAUUUUGAUAACUGAAAGACAUUGUUGCCCUUCAUGCUAGCAAACAUUUGAAAACCUAGGUUUCAACUUGAGCUUCUAGGCUGGUUUCUUCUUCUUGUAUCUGCCCGAAGUGUAGACUUAUUUGAAGUUACUUUGAUGAUAAUCUUUUAUCAAUUGGCUUUGCUGGUCGAGCAGCCAUGCAAUAGGUACAAGUACUCAGUGACAUUAUCUUGACUGAAGACUUGGUGCAUCCUGCUUGGAUUCGUUUGUAAUCACUGCCGAUUGCUUGCCUUCAGAAUGAGAUCAGAGAAUUCUA